AUGUUGUCCGUAAAUAUUCUCCAGGUCAAGAAAAUUAAUCUCAAAAGAAUCGAUAAGCUAGCAACUGACAGCUCAAACAUCAGAAUAGACAAAAAUUAUGAUAAAUACAUCUUUAAUUACACUGAUUUACCUUUACCAGAAGAAGCAAAAAGAGUACUAUGCGUUGAUCAAAAGUUUGGGUUAACAGUUAAAAAAACUGAUAUACAUCCUGUGAUACUGAUCAAAGAUACGGAGUUCUUAGUCAACAACUUACCUUCACUUGCUGAAGAGGAAGACCUAGUUGAGAAUGAACGUAACACACUUCGUUCAAAAAUUGUGAAUAUCAUCAACAACUUCUACAAAAAACCAGAACAAAAAAGAUUAGACCAAUUCAACAGAGAUGUUCAGAAGACUAACAAAUUUCUUAAACAAAACAAAGAUAUAAUCGUUACGAAAUCGGACAAAGGUAACUCUACAAUAAUCAUGACCAGAGAAGAAUAUGUACAAGUUAUGACCAGCAUGUUGCAGGAUACGACAACCUAUAAGAAGAUUCACAAAGAUCCAACUUCGAAAUUCCAAAAAAUGGCUAAUGAAAUGGCGACCAUGUUAAGUUUGAAUUCAAUUAUUGAUGAAGAUUCACUUAAAAGAUUCAAGAUCUAUAAUGCAGUGACACCUAGACUUUAUGGGCUGACAAAAACACAUAAGAUUGGUUGCGUUUUAAGACCGGUAGUUAGUUGCAUCGGAGCACCCAGUUAUAAUCUUGCCAAACUAUUACAUAAGAUCUUGUUACCUGUCAUUAAAACUUUCAGUUUUAGGAUAAAGAACUCAUUUGAAUUUGUUGAACUUAUUAAACCAAUUGUUCUACCAGCUGACUAUGUUUUAAUAUCUUUAGAUGUGGUUUCUUUAUUUACCAACAUACCCAAAGCAUUAGUGUUACAAAUUAUUGAUGAAGAAUGGAACAAUUGGUCAAGAUUGAUGAGAUUAAAAGACAAAGAAUUACUUUUGAAGUUGGUUAAUUUCUGUUUUGACUCAAGCUAUUUUUCGUUUAAUGGUCAACUAUACCAACAAUGUGACGGAACCAGCAUGGGUAACCCUGCGAGUCCCGACCUAGCCGAUAUUGUAAUGAACUAUAUUUUUAGAUCAGUCAUAAAUCAUAGUUCUUGUCAGUGGGAAGAAUCUAUAAACGUUGAUUAA